AUGGAUUGGAGUAUGAUAGGGGCUGCACAAACAGGAAACAUUGAUGUCUUGUACGAGCUAAUUCAGAAAGAUCCAUAUGUUUUGGAGCGUAUUGAUCAUGUUCCUUUUCUUGACACUCCAUUGCAUGAAGCAGCCAGUGCUGGGCAUGUUGAUUUUAUGAUGGAGAUGAUCAACUUAAAGCCAUCGUUUGCAAGAAAGUUAAAUCAAGCUGGGUUUAGCCCCAUGCACUUGGCUCUGCAAAAUAACAGAACUCAAGCUGUGCUUCGACUCCUCAAGUUUGAUGAAGGCCUUGUUCGUGUUAAAGGAAGGGGAGGCUUGACCCCUCUGCAUCAUGUGGCUCAAAAUGGAGAUGUUGAUCUUUUGAUCAAGUUCCUUGAGGUUUGCCCCGAGGCUGUUGAAGAUGUGACUGUUCGAGACGAGACGUCCUGGUGGGGUGGCCGCCACGAAGCUGCCCAACGUUGGGAGAAAGAACUACUUAGUUGCGCAGACAUUGAUGGCAACACAGUUCUACACAUUGCAGCUAUCAAAAACUCACCUCAGGUGGUGAAAGUAUUGCUGGGACACUUGCGCCGAGACCAUAUCAAUGCCAAAAAUUUGAAGGGAUCCACUGCUCUAGAUAUCCAACCAGACUGUCCAUUGGAUGACAGGCAAGUGGAUAAUUAUAAGGGCUCGGUUAAAGAUUUGAUAAGAAAAGCAGGAGGUUUGAGUGGUUCCGAGCUUCCCAAUAAGUCCAUCUCUUCAAUCCACAUCAAAUUAUUAAGGCCGAAGUUGUCAUGUUUUCAAAAAUUUGCAACAAUGGCAGGUCGAGGAAGAAAGGGUAUCCCGCUUGAGAUGCGUAAUACAUUUCUAGUAGUGACAGUGCUAAUUAUAACAGCCACUUACGCUGCCUCUUUAAGCCCUCCAAAGAAAGCUGAUAACAGUUCAUCCAUGAAAUACCAUAUCAAGUAUUAUGCAUCUUUAGAAUCAACCGACAGCACUGCACCCCUACCAGGUCCUCCCCCACCACCGGCCGAUGAUCAGAUUAAUUGGUCAGAUUUAAUAGACGUAUCAUCCAUGUUUUGGUUAUACAACACAUUAACAUUUUGGGCAGCAAUCGGGUUAACAGCAUAUCUCCUACCAAGUCGUUCAAUCAGCUUGUUUCUUCUCAUAACCCUUUCCUUGUUUGGGACCUGUUACAUGCUUUUAGUUGCUGUUUCCACAUGGUCAUGGAAACUUCAAUAUUUGGUUUCUCUUCAAACUACUAUACCCUUGUCCUAUCGUGCUCUCUGCAUAAUAAAUUACUGCUUGUCAACAUCCCUAGCUUUGCUAGUAUCAUACCGGAUAGCCCGUUAUGUUUUCCAUAGGUUUGUGCCUAAAACAAAGAUGUUCGUCCUCGUACAAAUCGUUUCCUUUAUCAUCUUUGCUUUUAUUCUUGUCCCAGCUAUCCUUAAUACCGAAACCAUAUUGAAGUACUCCGACUUCUUUUGA